AUGGACAUUGUAUGUCUGAGUCUCACUUGCAAGAGAAAGUAUAACAUCAUCAAGAGAGAAAAUACUUGGAAGAAUCUAAAGCUUGCUCCAUCCAGUCUCGAGUCAUCCAAUCGCAACUACAUCCCUACAUCAUUAUCAUCAUAUGCAUCUUUGAUCAAUAACAAUAGCAACAUCAACGACGACGAUCACAACAUCAUCAUAGACUAUGCAAAGGACUUCAAAAAGACGACACCAUCAACAUUAACUCAUGUAAAGUACAUACCUAGUAUUAGUCAACCGAUUGAGAUUGGUAUGAUCCCUGAUCAUUUGCUAUCGAUUGAGUUUGGCAAUGGCUUUGACAGUGCGAUUGCACCUGGAUCAUUGCCACCUGGCUUGACAGCACUCACAUUUGGAUGGUCAUUCAAUCAGCCAAUCACACUAAACAUGCUGCCUCGCUCAUUGCUGCAACUGAGCUUUGGUCACUCAUUCAAUCAAUAUAUCAACAUUGGGAUGUUGCCACCGUCGCUCACCAGUCUCGAGUUGGAUCACGGCUUCAAACAGCAGAUCUUGAAUGACACGUUGCCCGCAUCACUCAAGCAUCUGUCACUGGGCACGCGCUUCAUACUCGAAGAAGGCACAUUCACCUUUGGCACAGGCUUUAAGAAUGAGAUCAAGCCAGGGUCGUUGCCAAACGGCCUCUCAACACUGGUCUUGGGACCUGAGUUUGACAAGUUGUUGCUGCCUGGUGCUCUGCCACAAGGACUGCAUCACCUUGUGUUUGGUCAUCGGUUCAAUCAACCUUUGGUGGCCGACGUGCUGCCGCCCAAGCUUCAGACCCUGAGCAUUGGCACUCGAUACAACCAAUCGGACGACCAGGUCGUGUUGCCGAGCACUCUCUGGCGACUGAAACUGAGUCAGAUGUCACAGAUCAGGUAUCUGGGGAACUGCCACAACAACAUCGAAGUGGCCCAGCUCGUCGAAUACAUUGAGCUUGACAAACUGCAACAGCAAGGACAGAAUGUGAGAUUGAAGGAGCUUGUGAUAAAGCUGCCCAGAUAUAAGAUGGAUGACCUAGGUGGCGCUGAGGUGCGGCGCGUGACACGGAUACUAUGUAAGGCUUUCCCCAACGUGACCACUAUUCACAUGCGUCCAACAAAGUCCUACUUAAAGAGUCGGCCUUGGCUACAUAUUCGUCGAACUAGCUUCAUUGGACCAGCGAGACCUCCUCCACCCUCAGACAAUGACGAUGAUAACAAGGCCAAUGAUGUGAAUAAGAGUGCAUCACAACCUACUCCCGCACCUACACAAGCACCCGCACCUGCCCCUCAAACACAGCCACAGCCGCAGUCACAGAGACGAAUGAUGGGACCAAGAUUAGACGAUGACAAUGAUGUAGUUGUUGAGAAGAAAGAACAGAAGCAGGUUAUUGGACCAUCUGCACCUACUACAGCUCCUAGACGAGUGAUGGGACCGAGAUUGGAUGAUGACGACGACAAACAGACAAGUACAAGUACAAACACAGAUAGAACACGUGGACCACAGAUAGGUCCAUCAGCACCUGCUCCAUCACAACCUAGAAGAGUUAUGGGUCCUUCAUUACACGAUGACACAGAUAACAAAGACGAUGAUUCGUUCUCAAUUGGACCUGCACGACCAUCCUCAAGACCAUCACAUGAUGAUGAUGAUAGCAGUGAUGAUGACGAUGAUAAACGCAAUGUUCAGGAUGAGUGGAAUAGAGUUCGAGGAACAUCAAACAGUGGUGGCGGUGGUGGCCAGGGACCAAGUGGCAGGGAGGAAUGGAUGACGUCCUUGCCAACAGAUCGUAAGAUAGGUACUCAAAUGCAGAACAGAACAUUCAGUACCAAUCAGAAUGUAUUCCUUAAUGGUGGAGUGGACACUUCUUCAUGGACAGAGACAAGGGAGGACACAAAGAAGCGACAACAACAACAGGACAGACGUGGAUCUAAUCCAGCGGAUUUGGCAAAGGAGAUGUUUGCACAGAGUCGUAACAAGGAGAUCGAGGAAGAGAUGUCCAAGCACAAUGAGAAGUAUCGAUCACAGACAUUGAUGGACAUGCACAAGAGGAAGGAGCGAGAGGCUCAAGAAAAAGAUGGACGUGCGCCCAAGCGUGUAUCCGCAGCCUCAUGGGACCGUGACAGAGAUAUGGAGGUUGGACGAGUGGAUACCUCACGACUCAACGACAUUGUCAAACAGGCUGGUCUACUCAACACCAAGUUCAGUCAAAGUAGUUCAAGUAGUGGAAAGUACCUGUAG